AUGCCUUCCUACGUCGUGACCGGAGCAUCCCGAGGUCUGGGUCUCCAAUUCGUCAGCACCCUAUCCAGCGAUACGCAGAAUGUAGUCGUCGGACUCGUUCGCAACAGAGCAGCGGCAGAGAAAGCUUUCGGAAAAGCUGUGCCGAAGAAUCUCAGCUUUUUGGAGGCGGACAUUACGGAUCUUGAUGCUCUCAAGUCGGCAGCGACAGAGACGGCGAGAUUGACAGGAGGCGGUCUCGACUAUUUGAUCAACAAUGCCGCAUUGAUCUCGAAUACGAGUCGCUACCGAACUCUGGGCGAUUUCGCCGAUGAUCCCCAGACCCUGAUCAAGGACCUCCAAGUCAGUUUCGAGACCAACGUCAUCGGCGUGAUCAACACCGUCAACACCUUCAUCCCUCUGCUUCGUAGAGGUCGAGAGAAGAAGGUCUUCACGUUGUCAACCGGCGUGGCGGAUGUCGAUUUUCUUAACCAGUUGGAUAUCGCUGUUUCUGCUCCUUAUUCCAUCAGCAAAGGCGCCGUCAACGUUGCUGUUGCCAAGUACAAUGCGCUUUACAAAAGUGAGGGAAUCUUGUUCAUGGCUAUUAGCCCGGGUCUUGUGGACACGGGGGAACUCGUGCCAAGCUCCGAUAAUGCCGAGGACAUGAAAGCGUUUCAAGAUGUGGUGGGUAAAUUCGCAGCCUAUGCACCACAUUUUACGGGUCCAAUUACGCCUCAGGAAUCUGUAAACCUCAUGUUGAAGCUUUUUGAAAAAAGUAGCAUCAGCAACGGCAACGGUGGGACCUUCGUUUCACAAUUUGGAAACAAGCAGUGGCUUUGA